CUCAGUUACCAUUAUAGCACUAAGGCUGGUUAUCUAGCUUCCAAAUCCCUUCAUGAUCAUCUAACAAGCUUUCGUCGCAAAACGCAAAAUACGUAGUUUUAUGCAGAAGAACGAUAUGAAUCGUGAUUUGUUUCCAGAAAAAAUAACAAAUAUUUGCGCUGUUAUGCGGGUCAAUGUGGCGCGGGUUUUCGAAGAUGCGGAUUACGUGAAAGUUCGCAAUAUGUGCGACAACAAUCAAGGAUGGAAGGAGGUAUACCACAAGAAAAUGAUUACCGUAUACACGCAGCCAGUGGCUGCCAGUAGCUUUCAAAUGAUAAAGGCUGUCGCAAAAUUCCCCGAUGUGACUCCCAACGUUGCCUAUGAUGUUCUGCAUGACUCAGCCUAUCGAGCACACUGGGAUCGACACAUGGCGGCCCAGUGCUACAUUGGAAUGAUCAACCCCAACAACGAUAUUGGAUAUUAUGCUUUAUCGGGAAUUCCACCAGUGCGCGCCCGUGACUUCGUUAUGCAACGUUCAUGGCUUGACACGGGGAAUGAGAAAUUGAUUUGUAGUCAUUCAGUUUGUCACCAGGAUUAUCCCCCAAUGAAAGGCUAUAUCCGCGGCACUGCUUUACUCACCGCCUAUCUCGUUCGGCCAUUCGAUAAAGAAGGAUGUCAGAUUACAUAUCUUAGCCAUUCAGAUCCUAAAGGAAAACUGCCCACAUGGUUGGUAAAUCGCUUAACACGUGUGAUUGCACCUAAAAUAGUCAAAAGAUUGCAUAAAGCAUGUGUUGCUUACCCCGAAUGGAAAAAACACAAUCAACCCAAUUUGAAACCCUGGAUUUACGCAGAGCAGCAGGUGGACUUUCCUCGAGUAGAUUUGGCAAAGUGCCAGCCACAGGAGUAUGAACAGGAAGUAAUAGACGAAUCAAGUGCUCCUCCUUCAAAGACUGCCGAUGAUGAAGACGAUGAUUAGUUUAUCUCCCGCCCUCCUCCUUUGCCUGCUCAUUGUCAUUCCAGUUUUUUCCAUUUCUUCUGUACAAAUUAUUUCAGAAUUCCUCUCAAAUGUACAGCCACCCAUUACUGAUAAGUAACUUUCCGAGUACAUAAUCGUGACAGUACUAGCUUCUAAGUACUUAAACAUAUCAUUGUCAACUAUUGCUCCUCAAAACCAUUCUUUCUUGCAUAGUCCAUAAAUGACCAAUUAACUUUGGGUCAGGUUGUGAUACUUUAAUUUGUUUUCUACGAUGAUAAGUGCUUGAUUAAAAAUGAAAAUCUCGAGUCUUGUUGUGCAACACUCCUAUCAGAACUUAAAUGUUUGGCAGAUAUCUCGCAAGGCGUCAACUUUGUUCAUCACAACCUUGGCCGCUGC